AUGGGGACACCUACGAAACGGAGGAAACUCAACAAUGAUACAAAGUCGUCUGGUUCUCGAAAUCUCGACUUCUUCUUUGGAAAGCAAAAGAAAGAUGAUCAAGGGUUGCCAUCUCAAAGCACUCGAGAUGGCCCGGAAUCCUCUGAGUUGACCGACGAGCAACUGGCUAGACAAUUACAAGAGGAAUGGAAUCGAGAAUCAAUUGGCCCAAGAAAGAUUGCUGAAAAUCUUCUAGUGGGAGCUAAUGGGAAUCUGCCGGAUGCUUUGGGCUCUGCGGCCACUACUACCACUGUUACUAGUGAGGAGACACCAAGUGAUGGCAAUCCCGACCAGCCAACAAUAAAACCAUUUAUAUCAGAUACCAAUAAGAAAUCCCUUUCACUACAAUCAGCUGGUACAGCGGAAGACACCAUCUCGUCGAACAUUCCGUUGGAUGAAAGUCCUUUGACCUUCGAACCUUUGAAAUAUGUGUCUAUUCUUCAGAAACAUUGGGCUGCAGAAGGGGGUGAUGCUUCUUAUGCUCUCUUGACAAGAUGUUUUGUACUUAUAAACAGUACGCAGAGUCGCAUAAAGAUAGUAGAUACUCUAGUCAAUUUAUUGAGGGUCAUUAUCGAGGGUGACCCGGAUUCUCUCCUACCUACUGUCUGGCUCGCGACGAACGCGAUUUCACCACCAUACAUAUCGCUUGAACUAGGCUUAGGGGGCUCAGCCAUUUCAAAAGCAUUGAAGAAUGUGUGUGGGCUGGACUCCAAGUCAUUGAAGACCUUGUAUGACAAGCAUGGUGAUGCUGGCGAUGUUGCUUUUGAGGCAAAGAAGAGACAAAGUUUUACUCUAAGAAGACCGAAACCACUAACAAUAAAAGGAGUCUAUCAAUCUCUAGUCAAAAUAGCUAAGACUCAAGGGACCGGCAGUAGUGAGAUCAAGCAACGAGUUGUUGAUCGGUUAUUGCAAGACACCAGGGGAGCAGAAGAGAGUCGAUACGUUGUCAGAACCCUUUGCCAACAUCUUCGUAUCGGUGCAGUAAAAACUACGAUGUUGAUCGCUUUAUCUAGAGCAUUCCAGCUAUCUAGACCACCGGGAGCAGACUUUUCUUUCAAGUCACCACAAGAGCUGGCAAAAUUUAAGAAAGAAGCUCUGGCUGACGUGUGGUCCAAGGGUGAGGAGGUUGUGAAAGCAUGCUUUGCCAAGAGACCCAACUACAUUGAUCUGAUUCCUGUCCUACUUGAGAUUGGUGUCUGCGAGGAGCUACUGGUUAGAUGCGGACUAGCCUUACAUAUUCCAUUACUUCCUAUGUUAGGAAGCAUUACUAGAGAUCUUGCAGAAAUGCUUACGAAACUUCAAGGUCGAGAUUUCAGUUGCGAGUAUAAGUAUGAUGGACAACGAGCCCAAAUUCAUUGUGACGAGAAUGGGAAAGUGUCAAUAUUUUCGAGGCAUCUGGAACUUAUGACUGACAAAUAUCCUGAUCUGGUGGCUUUAAUACCAGAGAUACGUGGAGAGGGAGUCAAUAGUUUCAUCAUGGAAGGAGAGGUCGUUUCUGUCGAUCGGGAAUCUGGUGAUCUGAAAACUUUCCAAUCACUUGCAAAUCGAGCGAGAAAAGACGUGGCAAUUGGAAGUGUCACAAUUGAUGUGUGUUUCUUCUCUUUCGAUUUGAUGUAUUUGAAUGGAGAAUCGCUUCUCAAUCGAACCUUUAGGGAAAGACGAGAACUUCUUCGGGGUUUGUUUAUUGAGGUACCGAGUAAAUUCACAUGGGUGAAGAGUAUUGAUGCUACUUCUCAAGAUUCAGAGGUCGUCUUAGAAUUCUUCAAAAGUGCGAUAGAGCGAAAGUGUGAGGGAAUCAUGGUGAAGAUUCUAGAUAACCUACCUAGCGCUACACUACCCGAUUCUGAGGAUUUGCCAGAAGAACUUGAGAGCUCUAUUCUUCGUACGCCUCAGAAACAACUCAAAGGGAAGAAGAAAUCUACAGAUAAAGAACCCGAAAAGAAAACCCGCCGGAAAGCUUUACUAGCCACCUACGAGCCCGACAAACGACUGGACUCUUGGCUGAAAGUGAAGAAAGACUAUAGUGCUUUAUUUGAUACACUCGACUUGAUACCUGUCGCUGCAUGGCAUGGCUCAGGACGUAAGGCAAAUUUUUGGUCACCAAUUCUCCUCGCCGUUCGCAACGAUGAGACUGGCACUUUGGAAGCCGUGUGUAAAUGUAUUUCGGGGUUUACCGAUACCUUCUACAAGGCCAACAAAGAGUUCUACGCAGAGGGAGGCGAUCAUGUGCUCGGAGGAAAGCCAAAUUAUGUCGAUUAUCGAGGAAGUAAUCCCGAUGUGUGGUUCGAACCGCAAGAAGUUUGGGAGAUGGCUUAUGCGGAUGUGACGAUCAGUCCGGUGUAUAGAGCGGCGAUUGGUCUUGUGAGUGAUGAAAAAGGAUUAAGCAUGAGGUUUCCUAGAUUCUUGAAGAAAAGAGAAGAUAAAUCUAUAGAAGAGGCAAGCACGGGCGAAUUUCUGGCUGGGUUGUGGAGGAAGCAGGAGCAAAAGGUUGAUGGCGGGAAGAAUGAACUAGAAGAGGAUGAGAAAUGA